AUGUUUGGCAGCGAAUGGACAAGAUGGCACGUAGAGUUAGCAGUGCUGGCGCUUGCCAUCGAGGCCAGGGCCAAAAUACGGCAAGAUAAGGAAAUCAGAUUAUUGUUUAAAUACCGAUCUAUUGCCAUCAUCAACUGCAGUUUGAAGUUGGCUUUACGAUCUUUCAACUCUAGACUUCGGAGCCACUUUAUGCAUUCUAAGGGAUAUAUACCCCUAGCAAGCUCUUCCGACUCAUCGCAACCCGACAAAGAGUCCCCUCUCCCGAUGCACAAACACUCGAUUGCCUCCCUCAACAGUGUUUUGGAAACUCAGUCUCUGUCCCAUGACGCCCAAGGCAACUUUGUUGAGACAUCGACAGGCAGGAGAGUGCUUUUGCGCGGGAUCAAUCUUGACUCUUCUGCAAAGAUGCCUCAGGACCCCUUGCAAUAUUCUUAUUCCAAGCCUGACAAAUGUGGCUUCUGGCAGGAGGCAGAUCAUGUUUCCUUUGUUGGCAAACCAUUUCCGCUGGAAGAAGCCUACGAACACCUGACACGUAUAAAGCUUUGGGGCUACAACACGAUCCGCUACAUUAUCACGUGGGAAGCAAUUGAACACGAGGGUCCCGGAAUUUAUGAUACCGAUUACAUUGACUACACUAUAGAGCUGCUGCGCAAGAUCGACGAAAUUGGCGGUCUCUACGUGUUUAUCGAUCCCCACCAAGAUGUUUGGUCUAGGUUCACUGGCGGAAGCGGCGCUCCACUGUGGACUCUGUAUGCCGCUGGGCUCGAACCUCGCAAUUUCCCUACGACAGAGGCCUCGAUCGUACACAAUUUUGCUCCUGAUCCACAGAAAUAUCAAAAAAUGGUUUGGGCGACAAACUAUUGCAGGAUGGCGAGCCAAGUUAUGUUCACGCUCUUCUUUGCGGGUUCCAUGUUCGCCCCAAAAGCCAUUAUCAACGGCAUGAACAUUCAGGACUUUCUGCAAUCCCAUUUUUUGGACGCCAUCUCUUUUCUAUUGAUCUCGAUCAAGCAGAAAGUACCAGAGCUUCUGAACAAGACAUUACUCGGAGUGGAGUCGUUAAACGAGCCCAAUUCUGGGUACUACGGGUAUCCCGAUCUUGAACAAUACCCCCCAUCUCAGGAAUUAAGGCUCGGAACAUGUCCGAAGCCAAUUGAGGGCAUGAGGCUGGGAAUGGGGUUGCCGCAGGAGGUGGAUAUCUAUUCGCUCUCUGUGUUCGGGCCCCGUAAAAACGGCUCUCGGCUUAUCGACCCAAACGGGGUCAAAGCAUGGGUCAGUGACGAUAAAAUGGACAAGCAUUAUGGUUUUGAAAGGAGUUCAGGCUGGAAGCUUGGGGAGUGUAUUUUUGCGCAGCACAAUGUAUGGGAUCCUAGAUCAGGCCAAGUUAUGAUUUCUGACUAUUUCGGCAGAGACCCAGAUACAGGCGACACUUUAGAUGAUCAGACGUUCAUCAAUACCCUUUUUGUUGACUUUUGGGCGAAAUGGAAAAGCAUGGUGAGGAAAGUGGAUGCUGAUCUGUACGUGAUAAUGCAGCAUCCUGUCAUGGCGAUUCCUCCUGCUUUGAAAGGAACGCCACAUAUCGAUAGCAGAACUGCAGUUGCGCAGCAUUACUAUGACGGAAUGUCGCUUAUGUUCCAGACAUGGAACAGAAAAUACAACGUUGACACGUUGGGAAUCUUACGGGGCAAAUACCUCAAUCCCGUUUUUGGGCUAGUUUUUGGGGAGAAAAACAUUCGCAAAUCGUUUAAAAAUCAAUUUGCGCAGCUCAAGAAAGAGGCCAAUGACGCGGUUGGGCCAAGCGUGCCGGUAAUUAUCACGGAAACUGGAAUGCCCUUUGAUAUGGAUUACAAAAAGGCCUACUCUGACGGAGAUUACAGCUCUCAGGAGAGUGCGAAUGAUGCGCUACAGUCCGCGCUUGAGCAUACAAACCUCAACAGUACCUAUUGGUGCUACAACUCGCGCAAUUGCCACAAAUGGGGAGACAACUGGAAUCUGGAAGAUUUCUCUCUGUACUCCAAGGAUGAUGUGGAUGACAAAAAGAAUGAGUAUUGGAUGAGGGCUGGAGCGUAUGGAACCACAACAAUUGGCACUUAUCUAGAGUGGAUAACGAAUUCCUCUUCCAGUCUGGACACCACAUCUAAAAAAUCAGAGGCUGACGAAGAAGAGAUCGAACUUGAGAAUAAGGUCAUCUCGUUGAUGAAUGGAACCCGUGCGGCUCCUGCUGUUGUGCGCCCGUAUGGUGUUCUUGUGAAUGGCACAGUGAUUUUCAGCGAGUUUGAUCUCAAAAAUGUCACAUUCGUGAUGGAAAUCGAUACCCGUGUCCAAUUGCACAAAAAGGCCCCCUCCGUGAUAUAUUUACCUGAACUCCACUUUCCGCCAGGCCAAUUUGAAGUUCGGGUUACCAACGGCACAACCUCUUAUCGCCACAACAAGUUCGUCCAGCUAGUAGAGUGGGACCACGACGUACAGAUUGGGAAUAUACGAAUCGAGGUGAGCAGCUACGCAGGUCAGGAUGAUUACGACUACGGUGAAAGGGGCACUUUAAAAGCCCUUGCCUGCGGGUACUUAUGA